AUGGAGUGUGGUUUAGAUCUGCAUGCAAAGAUGGUGAAAGAAAGAGAAGAAGAUGGUUUUGGAAGUUUAGGAGAAAAAGAAAAAUUAGUAGCGGUUUCUGAGAGAGAGAUUUGGAUUAAUGAUGCUACAAAUCAUCAAGAUGAUGAUGAUGAUGAUCUUUUAGCAUCAUGUUCAUCAACAUCAUCAUCCUCAUCAUGUUCAACUCCAUUGAAAACCAUUGCAUGUACUACUUCAACUACUACAACUACAACUGCAACAUCUUCUUCCUCUUCUGCGUCUUCUUCCUCUGCAGCUUCUUGGGCUGUUUUGAAAUCAGAAGUUGAAGAAGAUCAUCAUCAUGAUAAUAGUAAUAAUCAAGGUUUUUUGAACAUGCAUGGUCCAUUAGAUCAUCAUCAUCAUGGUCAACAUGCAACUGUAGAGAUUCCUCAACAAGAACAACAACAAGAUCUUGGUGUUGGUGGUGAUUGCAUGGAGGAUGUUAUGAUGGAUACUUUUGGCUACAUGGAGCUUUUAGAAACCAAUGAGUUUUUUGACCCUGCUUCGAUUUUUCAAACCGAAGAAGAAAACCCUUUAGUUGAUGAUUUCACACACGAACAAGUUCUAGUACAACAACAACAGCAUCAACAAGUUCCUAUAGUGGUGCAUGAUGAUGGUGAAACAAAACUAGACCUCAAUUUUGAUGGUGUUAAUGAUGGUGUUCAUGAUGAGAUGAGUAAUGUUUUCUUGGAAUGGCUGAAAUCGAACAAAGAUAGUGUAUCGGCGAAUGAUUUGAGGAAUGUGAAGCUUAAGAAAUCGACAAUUGAAAGUGCUGCUAGAAGAUUAGGUGGUGGAAAAGAAGGGAUGAAACAAUUGUUGAAGCUUAUUCUUGAAUGGGUUCAAACUAGUCAUCUUCAAAGCAAAAGGCUCAAAGAAAACAACAAUAACUCAACAACCUCAAUUCUUGUUCCUCAACAUACACCGCCGCAGUUUCAAGAUCUAUGUCCGAACCCAAACUCAACAAACACAUCUUUUAACCAAACUUCAUGGAUAGAUCAAACACAAACGCAAACACAAACACCUCUUGUUGUUCCUCCACAACAAUUUUUGCAACCGAUGGUUGGUGUUGGAUAUGUUGGUGAUGUUCAUUAUACAAAUGGUUCCGUUUCGAAUAACGUUAACCAUAAUGUUAACCUUUACCAACAUGGUUCUGGUAAUGAGUAUCAUCAAUUCAAUGUUGUUCCAAAUUACAAUCAACCGUCAUUUGUGGAUAGCAACAACAAUGUUCUACAACCUCAUGGUUUGAGUUUUGGAGGAUAUGGAAAUCAAUAUGGUUCGUAUCAGUUUUUUCAUGGUGGUGGUGGUGAUAGGUUAAUGAGGUUAGGUCCUUCUGCUACAAAAGAAGCUAGAAAGAAGAGAAUGGCGAGACAACGAAGGUUUGUUCCUCAUCAUAGGAAUCAUCAGAAUCAUCAUCUUCAGAACCAAGGUUCUGAUUCGGGUGCAAGAUUGGGUGGUGGUGGUGGUCAUAAUUGCACCAAUGGCGCAGGUGUUGGUUCUCAUGCGAAUCAAGGUAACUGGAUGUAUUGGCAGAGUAUGGCUGGUGGGAAAGCGACUGCUGUUCCGGCUGAGCCUGUGCAGCCGCCAGUGGAACGCGACCGCACCAACAAUCAGACACAGAAUUCUCAUCAGGGUCGAAAUGCAUUGGAUAAGAAACAGGGUUGGAAGCCGGAGAAGAACUUGAAGUUCCUUCUACAAAAGGUGUUGAAGCAAAGUGACGUUGGAAGUUUGGGGAGAAUUGUUUUGCCAAAAAAAGAAGCCGAAACUCAUUUGCCUGAACUCGAGGCAAGAGAUGGAAUCACCAUUACCAUGGAAGAUAUCGGAACUUCUCGAGUUUGGAAUAUGCGCUAUAGCAUCAGAUAUUGGCCAAAUAACAAAAGCAGAAUGUAUUUACUUGAAAACACUGGUGACUUUGUUAAAGCUAAUGGACUCCAAGAGGGUGAUUUCAUAGUAUUAUAUUCUGAUGUGAAGUGUGGCAAAUUUAUGAUAAGAGGAGUUAAAGUGAGGCAACAAGGAACAAAACCAGAGGCGAAGAAAACCGGAAAAGCACAGAAAAACCAGCAGCAUGGGAAUAAUAGUAAUACAGCUGGAAAUGAUGCGGCGGAUAAUAAAGACACACCAUCUUCACCAAAGAGGAAGAAAUGA